UAAAUUGGAUACUAAAUGAGUGGUUGGCUAUCGAUCAUUCCAAUACUCACUCUCUUCUGUGGAAUGUGGUGGACUUAUUCGGAAGGAUAAUAAUGAAUGUGAACUUGCAAGGGAAAACCGCAGUCGUUGUGGGCGUAGAGGGCGGCCUAGGUAAAGCGGUGGCCGUUCACUUUGCUUCACAUGGAUGCUCAGUGGCUGUUCUUGGGAAGAACCAGGAAAAGUUUGAUGAAAUUACCCGGGAAUGUAUCAGACAUGGACUGGAUUCGAAACAGGUCUUGGCAGUCGAGUGUAAUCUACAAGUAGACUCCGAUGUUGAGAAUGCACUUUCUCAGGUUUCGGACAAAUUGGGACCACUGCACAUACUGGUGAACUGUGCAGUUGAAAUAUCUUAUGGACGAUUAUCUGAGUUGGCGCCCUCCGCGGUCAUUGAUGCGAUGCAAGUCAAUACCAUGACCACUGCCAUGGCAACGAAAGCAGCAGUAUCAUACUUGGAGAAAACGGAGGGAGUGGUCAUCAAUAUUUCAUGCAGUUGUGCACAUCGCAUGUCACCGAGUCUAAUAGCCUUUGGUAUGGCCGUGUCUUCUAUUAACUACUUCACACAGUCAACAGCUCUAGAACUUGCUCCGAAGGGAGUACGUGUCAAUGCUGUAAGUCCGUCAUUUAAUGUUUUUGAGAGUCUUUUGGAGCCUCCGCCAAAUGAGAUAUACGAGGAACCGCGGCAGGCACCACUCAAUCACCCUCCCCCUACUAUUGAUGACGUGCUGAAAACCAUCAGCUUUCUCGUAUCUGACGAGAGUCGAUUCAUAACAGGCGAGAUUAUCUGUGUGGAUAAUGGUCUUCAUACCGCCAAGUUGCCGAUCUAGAGAUGAAUUAAAAUUCAGAUAUCAAGCUAAAUUAUAUUAUGAAGCAUUAACACCAUCAACAAAAUAUGUUAAAAUGAUAUAGGCACGGUAGCACAAGUUCCAUGUUUUGUUGGAUCAUUGCAGAAACAAAUUAAAUAGCAUUUCCAUGUUUAAUAAUUUGGAAAGUUGUCAAUCAGAUAAGGAGAAGAAAUGAAUACAAACUGAUUUUUAAUUGUUUUUUUUUGUCAUGAAUAUUGGUCAGGUUCCAUGAAAUAUGCUCCGAUGGAAAAUCUGCACAGAAAGCCAAACAUAAAAUCUAACAUCCAAAAUCAAAUAAACCAUAAUCCUUAUCUUUACAUUAUUCUGAACCAAAAAAAAAACUGUAUUACAAUCCUAUCAAACUCUAACCCUGUGCCUUCUGAGAUAUAAAGACUGGAGCAAACGUUCCAGGAGCAAAUAUCGUAUCACCAUUUGACAUGGCAACAGUCCAUAUAAAUAUAAUCAUAUUAUUGUACGACUGGACUUAAACCAGAGUUAACUUAUGACAAGACCUACCGAUGUGUAGUACAACAAAAUGAAAUAUAAAAGGAAAAUAUCGUUGAAUUUCUAUUGUGGAAACCGCCUCUGUAAAUUAUUGAUGGAUAGAGAAUUUUGAAAUAACUUGAAUAAAGCUAUUGAAAUUUGCCAGUUGGGGCACAACAUCAUCUUAAAAUAUUUCAUUGCAUUAUUUCAUAGAUCAAAAGUUUAUAAAUAUAUUCUUCCUUCAUUUGCACAUACAAAUAUUGCACUCAGACAGAAGAGAUCAUUACCAUAUGCACUUUGAAGAAUAUAAGAUAUUAAACUAGUUUUCAAGAUACGUCAACUAUAAAUUUCUGUAACUUGCAAAUAAUAUAUUUCAGAUCAGAAUUCGGGAAGAGAAUAUUCUCAAGAACAUGAUGAAUCACUAUAUUUAGUUACAUUUUAUGUUAAAUUUCAGAAUAAAAUCACAUAAAUAAUA